GGGGCGGGGCGGGGAUGACGUCACGCGCGGCCGGACCUGACGUCGCGACGCCGGAAGCCGGAUCCGGUGAAGCGGUGGCGGGGGAGAAAUGUCCGACUUGUUCGUCAAACCCGGGAACCAGGAGCGCGGCUGGAAUGACCCUCCCCAGCUGUCGUACGGUUUGCAAACUCGAGCACAGAUUGGUCAAAGGAAACCACUGCUCACAAAGAGAGUGGCAGCACCCCAGCUGGAAGCACCUAAAGUUUGUGGAGCGGCUGGAGUUCCUCCUGCAUUAACACCGCCUGGCAGUUCCAUAGCCGGUCAGAGUAGGCUGGCGCCUCCACCCAAACUUCCCAGUGUGUCGCUCCCAUGCAAACCUGCGCUCAGCACUGCAGCCGCUGAUGAUUGCAACGUCAAUGUGGACGAGGUUUUAGCUCCACUGAAUAAAACGCUGGAGGCUUGCAGGACGUCAGUGAAGAAACAAGUUUGUGAUGAUAUCGGCAAACGUCUAACAAUGCUGCAGGAGAUGUGGCAGAACGGGAAGCUGUCUGCAUCAGUGCAAAGGAGGAUGCUGCUGCUUGCACAGGCGAUGGCGAGCUGCCGGUGGGAUGCUGCUGAUGAGCUGCACAGAUCUCUAAUGGUCGACCACGUGAAUGAGGUGGGACAGUGGAUGGUGGGAGUGAAACGGCUGAUCGCUGAAACCAAAAACCUGCCACACGAGCUGACCGCUGAUGUUGCCCCGGAGACGGAGUCAGGGAACUGAGACGCUGAACAGUGUUACGGGGGGGGGGAACAGGACCAUCAGUGCCGGCUCGAUGGGCCAAAUGGCCUCCUCCUGCACCUAGUUUCUAAUUAUUUUAAAUGGAGAAUCCGGUCGGGAACAAAAUGAUCAGAGCGUGAUUGCAAGAAUCAAUAGAACGCUGGUCUCUGGUGUGUGUGCGGUGAGCAAGAAUGAUAGCUUGUAUUGGUGCUGCACUCUCUCUCUCUCUCUCUCUCUCUCUCUCUCUCCCAAGGCUUGUCGAGCUUCUAAAGCACUUUGGUGUCUGGACGACAGACCUGGCUUUCCCCAGGGCGUUCCCCAGUCUCCGCGGGCUGUGGGGAGCUGCAGUUGUCGGGCUCACUUCAGCUGCUCAGUGUGGACACCAAGCACACGUGUACACUUCACGUUUUAUCUGCCGCCGCUCUCCUUGCCACAAACACCUCGUGGACUCUCACAUUUCACCCACAUCGGUUGAAGUGGACUUGCUGUGUGGAUUUUAUAAACUAUGAAUUUAUUUUUUUGAAAACAUUAUUAAAUCUUCAAGGUGAAAUA